AUGGCUGAUCCGUCUCCUCGCACAACAGACACAUCACACGUUCCCUGUAAAUUCUUCCGACAAGGCGCCUGUCAAGCUGGCAAUGCUUGUCCCUUUAGCCACGAUCUCGGUGCCGCAGCCGAGAAUAUUUGCAAGUACUUUGCCAAGGGCAAUUGCAAAUUCGGUCCGAAAUGCGCAAACAUCCACGUUCUACCCGACGGUCGACGCAUCAACUACGGCAAGAACGGCGUCACCAUCGGCACCUCUCCGAUAGCCCUGGGUGGACGAAUCAACCCGACUUCCGCUGCCAACUACCACCCGACAAGUGCCCUGACAUCCGGCCUCUACCGAGAAGGCGUCCCUCCCUACACCUCGGCAUACCCGUACGGUGAUGAGAGACAGCACCAGUUGGGCGGCCAGCCAGGUCUCGACAAUGGCUUGCCCACCAUCGAUACGACCUAUUCUCACCCCGGCUCAAACUACGGCUCACCCCGUGACGACGACGCAUCCAGGUUCGGCCUCGGCUUGUCUCCUGUCAACGCUAACGGCCUUUCCGUGCUUGAUGCGCCGCUACCCGCCUCUUUCGAUUCCCAGGGCAUGUCCAACGCCGCCCGCUUCCCCGCCGCUCCGUGGCCCUCGUCUGUGCCCUCCAAGUUCGGCAUCGAAUCUCCUACGCCCUCCUUGAGCAACGCCAAAGAUUCGCGAACCUCGGAGACUCUGAAAAUGCUCCACACAUCUGCCUUUGGUGGCAGCGAGUACCUCGCAGCGGCCAACGUGACCGCUUCCAGCAGCCCUCCCAGCCAACCCGAAGAGUACUUCGGCAAGCGCACCAUGCACUCGAGCCGAUACGCGAAGCCCAAGAUGAUGAGCUCGAGCAUGCCCAAGACGACCGCUGUUGACCAUGACUGGGAGGCCGACUUCGGAUUUUUGGAGGAGGAUUGCGUGCCGCAUAACUUGCAGGACCUCCUGACGCCAACCGAGAAGGCCCGCCGUGGCUCCUUGCGCACUGUCGAUGGCGAGCCGGGCAGCGAGAACGCAACCAAGUUCGGCAGCCCUAUCGGCGGCGCGAGCCCGAGCAGAUGGGGCCCGCUAUUCCAGCGCCAGAAGGAGGAGGAACUCGGCACCCACAAACAUGGGCCUUCGGCCUUUGGUCACGUCGGAAGUCCCCUCCGGAACUCGGUGCUCUCCAACGAAAUGGGCCACAGCAGCGCCAUGGCGCGACCCAUCGGAUCCCGUGCUGGCAGUGAGCCCAUGUCGGCCUUGACUCAGCAACUCCAGCGAACGCGCCUGGGCGACGACGGGAGCAGCAGCCCACACCUGCAUCCCCUGACAGCCGCCGGCCGCGCUCCGAGCAACGGUGGCGCUGGGCCCAUCGGCAAGGACCGGGACCGCGUGAUGGAGCGUCACGUAUCGAGCGGGUCCAUCAGCUCGUCGGUUACCGGACGAUACACGACCCCGAUCGACGAGGAGGAUCCCGCCUUUGUGUUCAACAUGGAGGACGAGGAAGAUCAGUCCGCUGCACGUACCCGUAAGCGCGGGUCGGCCGGCUUUGGCAUCGGGGGCGGAUGGAGCUACGCGAACGCCCUUUCCAACAAGGGCGCUGCAUCUGGAUCUGGCCUGGCCAAGGAGCAACGGGAGCCAUCUGUCAGCGUCGAGACCGUAGGCGGGCGCUGA